UUCUAUUUUAUUUUUUAAAUUUUUAUUAAUUAAUAAUUGAAAAAUGCGGUUGUUUACUUACUUGGGGGUGUCAUAAUUAUCUUUUUAUUUAAUAAUUAUAAAAAGGAAUUAAAAUUUUCAAUGUUUUGUUAUGAACGGUCUUUUCACAAAGCUCAAACAUCUCAAUAAUCAUCGCCGAAACAACAAACGCGUUUGCUAAUUGCUAUCGGUGACACUCGCGUAUCUUUCUAUAUUCACUCUCAGGCUCUUCAAGGCGGUGUUGUGGAAAGCCCUACGCGCCUUAUUAUUUUUCUCCAUGGACGACCUAUUCUCCUCCGAGGACGACGAUCACCUCUUCGACCUCGAUUACAACCCUUACGCUCGCAAGCGCCCUCUCUCACGCCUCGAUCGCGACGAUUAUGAUGAAACCGACGAGGAGGAGGCUAAUCGCCAGAAACUCUACCUAGUUCCGUAUAGAUGGUGGAAGGAGGCUCAAAGAAGCGUUGCUGAUGAAAUAGUAGGCAUUUUGUACAAUGUGUUAUCCAACUAUGACAAUGCCGAUUCUGAAAUUGUACUGGACUUGAGGAAGGAAGAGAGUUCAGGGACUAGGGUUAAGAUGGGCGAAGGGGUUUCAAGCCGUGAAUAUGCCUUGGUUAAGGAAGCAUUGUGGCUGCGUACUCUUAAAUGGCACAAUGACUCCAAAACGUCAGAGGAAGAUGAGAGGUACCAUUGUGUUGGUGAGGGUCAAUCACAAGAAGUGUUUCCUUUGCAGAUAAGGCUUUCUUUUUCACCAGGAACAAAUUCAUUGUUAGUAACGAUCAGUUUAAAGGACAAUGCAGUUGAUUUUUAUAGGAGAGCUUGCAUUAUUUUCAAUUCCCAAUCUGAAUUGUUGCAGAUUUGGGACUUCUCAGGGCAGACAAGCCAGUUUGUUAUGAAUGAAAUUAUCAAUUUGCCCAAAUUUUCUCCUGGGAAACAGGGGAAAGAGGUUCUUCUUGAAUUGCAUGUUCAUGGGUUUUUUGUUUUUACAAACAAGACUGAUGAGAGAUUGGCAGAACCGAUGAAGACAGAAAAUAGCUUUGGCAAGAGUCGAGUAAGGAUGAAUAUGAAUAGUGACAACCUGAGCUCACAAUUAAUGCUAACCAACACAUCACUGUCUGGUAGUGGUUAUAGGGGCAUUGGUGUGUUGGGCUUGGCAGGACUACAAAAUCUCGGAAAUACUUGUUUCAUGAACAGUGCAGUACAGUGUUUGGUGCAUACUCCACAGCUUGUUGAUUACUGCCUUGGAGACUAUGAGAAAGAUAUAAAUCAUGAAAACCCUCUGGGAAUGAAUGGUGAACUUUCUUUAGCAUUUGGAGAGCUGUUAAGAAAGCUAUGGGCUCCAGGUGCAAUGCCAGUGGCUCCAAGAAUGUUCAAGUUUAAACUUGCUAAAUUUGCUCCCCAAUUUGAUGGAUAUAAUCAGCACGACUCACAAGAGUUUCUUGCUUUUCUGCUGGAUGGCCUUCAUGAAGAUUUGAAUCGUGUAAAAUGCAAGCCAUAUAUAGAAGCUAAGGAUGCAGAGGGGCGUCCAGAUGAAGAAGUGGCUGAUGAACACUGGCUAAAUCACUUGGCUCGCAAUGCUUCCAUCAUAGUUGACAUCUUCCAAGGUCAGUACCGGUCAACAUUGGUGUGCCCUGUUUGCAAGAAGGUCUCUGUGACAUUUGAUCCAUUUAUGUACCUAACACUGCCAUUACCUUCAACAACUAUGCGGACGAUGACUUUGACAGUUUUUAGUACUGAUGGGAUUAUGUUGCCCAUGCCAUUUACCAUUACUGUUCCCAAGGGUGGGGGGCUCAAGGAUCUCAUUGACUCGUUAAGUUUGGCAUGUUCUUUAAAAGAUGAUGAAACCCUGCUCGUGGCUGAGAUAUACAAAAAUCAGAUUUUUCGUUUACUGGAUGGUCCAUCAGACUCUGUAGCCUUGAUUAGAGAUGAUGAUAAACUUGUCGCCUAUAGGUUACCAAAAGUUAGUGAGACAUGCCCCUUGGUUGUGUUCUCACAUCAGCAGCUGGAAAGGCCUUAUGGUUUUGGUGCGAUGGCACCAAACUGGAAGCUAUUCGGUGUUCCUCUUAUAGCAAGGAUAGAAAAUCUUUCAAGUGGAUCUGAGAUCCAUUACCAGUUUCUAAAAUUACUUCGUCCAUUUCUAAUGCCAGUUGAAGAUGUGGUAAAUGAUUAUGAUGGUGAUGAGACAAGGAAUACUGUUAACGAGAAUUCUAAGGUGGAGGGUAUUGUUAGCCCUUUAGUUUCAUAUAGUGAUGCAGGUCCAGACAGUGGAGAAGAGAAUGAUGUUCAUCUGAAUGCUGACUUCAAAUUCUACCUGGUUGAUAAGCCAGGGUCAUCGGAGAUAAAGAUGAAUGACCCUGUACCAAUCUCAAGUUUAACUAAGAAUUUGGAUGUGACCGUUCACUGGUCAGAUAAGAUGAUUGAAAAGUAUGAUACAUGUCUUCUCAGCUCAUUGCCUGAGGUUUUCAAGCCUCAGUUGUUUGCAAAAAGGCACGAAGAAUCCAUUUCCUUGUAUAAAUGUCUGGAAGGUUUCUUGCAAGAAGAACCUUUAGGACCAGAUGAUAUGUGGUACUGCCCCAGGUGCAAGAAGCAUCAGCAAGCCAUCAAAAAGUUAGAUCUUUGGAGAUUACCCGAGAUUUUAGUAAUUCAUUUGAAGAGAUUCUCAUAUAGCCGUUUUUUUAAGAACAAGCUAGAAACAUAUGUGGACUUUCCAAUUCAUGAUCUCAAUCUCUCCAAUUACAUUUCCCAUAUUGAUAACCAAUUGUCCAAUUGUUAUCAAUUAUAUGCGGUAACUAAUCACUAUGGAGGCAUGGGAGGCGGUCAUUAUACUGCUUUCAUUGAUCACGGGCAUGGUAGAUGGUACGAGUUUGAUGACGACAGAGUUUUCCCCAUCAGUGAAGACAGAAUUAAAUCAUCUGCAGCAUAUGUCCUUUUCUAUAGAAGAGUCCGGGAGAUGUAAUUUUAACGUAGUGAAACAUAUAUCGGAAUUUAAAGGCAGAACUCAAACCGGGGUUUUAAUAAAUGUGCAACCCCAUGAAGCCAAUACAGAAUCUACCGAAAGUCAAGGUAUCAAAAACAAGACUGUUUUUGUUUACAGUUUCGAGGAAAAAUAGGAGAGAAACACAUCAGAGUUACAGAUUCGGAAACUAGCAUCGAAAAGAAGUAAAUUCUUACAAUGAUCAAAUUGUCUUUUACAUGUACAUAAGCAUUAUCCAAAAAAACAAAAAUUUGGAGCAACGCCAAUUUUGUUGAAGGGGAUGCUUCUCUUAUCGUCCUUGGUUUCUAUUGAAUGUGUGAAUUCUAAA